GUGGAAAAUCAUACCACAAUACAUGAAUUCGUUUUUUCGGGAUUCACAGACUCUUCAAAACUUCAGUUCCCUCUUUUCACUUUUUUUCCUAGCAGUAUACCUUAUCACCCUGCUUGGCAACCUUGGGAUGAUCAUUUUAAUCAGGAUUACCUUGCAACUCCACACCCCCAUGUACUUCUUCCUUAGCAACUUAUCCUUUGUAGACCUCUGCUACUCGACUGUCGUCACUCCCAAGAUGCUGAUGGAUUUGGUCACGAAAAGAAAAGCUAUCUCGUUGACUGGCUGUGCUCUACAGAUGUGGUUUUUUGGACUCUUUUUAGCCACUGAGUGUUUCCUGUUGGCAGCAAUGGCAUACGACCGGUAUAUGGCCAUUUCCAAUCCACUACUUUAUGCAGUAAUCAUGUCACGCAGAGUUUGCACCCAGCUGAUAAUCGCCCCCUACCUUUUAGGAGUACUGAAUGCCACAACACACACAACCUUAACUUUUCAACUCGCCUUCUGUCGCACCAGUACGAUCAACCAUUUCUUCUGUGACAUCCCUGCAGUCAUAUCCCUCUCCUGUUCAGAUACCAGACUCAACAAGGGGGUGCUUUUCGGUCUAUCUUGUACCUUUGGCAUUGUGAGUACGUCAAUUAUCAUUGUCUCCUAUAUCUACAUCCUCAUGGCCAUCCUGAGAAUACGCUCCAACAAGGGCAGGCGCAAAGCUUUCUCCACCUGCUCAACCCAUCUCACGGUAGUGUCUAUCUUUUAUGGGACACUCUUCUUUAUAUAUGUGCGUCCCAGCUCUAGGUCUUCAGCUGAUGAGGACAAGAUGGUCUCUAUGUUCUACACAGUUAUGAUCCCCAUGCUGAACCCUCUGAUCUACAGCUUCAGAAACAAAGAAGUGAAAGAUGCAGUGAGGCGACUGACCAGAGGCAAAAAUCUUCCUAUGCAAUAA